AAUCAGUUUGAUCAAAAUGGAUGUCACAUUGUUUAAGAGAAACUUAAAUAGAGUUCUUAAGUUCUUAUGAUUGAAACAAUAGAAGAGACCAAAAUAAUCAAACCAUGAUAUUUGACGAGGAUACACUUUAUGUAGUAAGGUGUGCAGAAGACAGGUUUCUGUUCCGGGUUCUGCGAGACGAGGAAAGGCCAGAGAAUGACGGUAUAGUUGCCAAGGAUCCUAGCGCCGCCAUUGGGUUGACGCAGCACGUAGAAAACGGAAGCCGACUGUCCCAUAAGUCCCAGUACAUCUCAUGCUCGAAGAACUUUGAAGCCGCGAUACAGAUUGGGCUUCGAAAUAUUGAACAUUAUUACUCCGACCAUAUUAACAUUGUGCUGAUUGAUAGAACAGGACUAGACAAUGAUAAGUGUGUAGUAAUACACGAUACAUCCAACGGACAAGGCCUAGUGACUCAAAAGGCUCAGCACUAUGCAAAGAAUGCGAAAGAAGUGGUUAUAAAAGGUCACGUAAAACGAAACCAUAUUGUUGCCAUUUUAUACAUUAAACCCCGUGCAUGUAAUUCGUACAUAACUGUUGAAAGAUACAUUCAUAACUGGUGGUGUAUGUCAAAAGCUGGACCUAUAAUUACAAUUGCCCAAAGACCUGACAUGCCAUCCGUCAGAAAAACAGGAACCGCUAAUAUUACUAUAAAUAUGUUACUUUGCAUUUUUGAAGCUGUAGGUCUUGCUUGCAUUUCCAUUUAUGAUGAGAUUUAUCAAAUUUUUGUGUGCAUUAGAAAAAAUGGUCGUGUACGUGAUUAGAAGGUAAUGCACCAGUCAAUCGUAACCACGCCCCCCCCCCCCUCCAGGUCCGGGGUAUACCGGUAGAUAGCCGGGGAAAUGGGCCGUGUUUUUACUUUUCAGGUGGCCCCGCACUGCCGGGUGAAUGUGGUGGUUUUAUCUUCGCUUAAAUUAUAGCGGGGAAUGGGCCUUACCUAGGGUCCCUGGGGUGCGCGGGCAUUUGGCGGGGAUUUUACCAUCUGUUCGUCCCCGCAGGGCGGGGAUUUUAGCCGGGGUUGGCUGGACCGAAAGUCAAAGUCCCCGCUAUUUCCCGGACCUGCGGAGGGGGGGGGGGGGCGUGGUUACAAUUGACUGGUGCAUAAUUAUUUGCAGUGUUAAAUUUUGCGGUAUUUCAAUUGAAAGAUAAACAUACCAGGUUGUUUCUUUAUUUCAAUCGACAGCCUACUGGCGGUGCAGAAUC